CCGAAGCAAAAGGCAAAACCCGAAACCCUGGAACUAAAACCUACAACCAGAAUCCCAAACCCGCCUUCGGCUCCCGCGCCGCAAUCGUCCAUGGAGGCUCCGCCGCCGUCUUCCGGAGCGCCGGCGACCGCCGCGAACACUAACCGCACACGGAAGCGGAAGCCCAAGCCCAAGCCCAAAGCAGCCGGCCCCUCCACUCUAAACCCUAACUGGGCCCAGCUCCAGUCCAAGCUCCCCGCCUCCACGUUCCUCGGCAAGCGCAAGCACCGACACGGACCUCCCCCGCCCCCUGAGCCGGCUCCUACCCCGGAGGCGGUGGAGUUGGGUGUCAAGCUCGAGCCGACCUCCGACGACACCAGCUUGACGAAGGCGUUGGCGAUCGAUUGCGAGAUGGUCGGGGUUGGGGCCACCGGAAGCAAGAGCGCCCUCGGCAGGGUCACCUUGGUUAAUUCCUUUGGCAAUGUUGUAUAUGAUGAAUAUGUACGACCAAUGGAGCGAAUAGUGGACUACCGUACCCAUAUUAGUGGUAUUAGACCGAAGCACAUGAAUAAAGCCAAAGAUUUCUGGAUCGUUCAGAAGGACGUAGCUGAGCUUAUCACAGGAAAGAUUCUUGUUGGGCAUGCCUUACACCAUGAUCUUAAGGUCCUGCUGCUAGGCCACCCAAAGAAGGACAUCAGAGACACCUCAGAAUAUGAGGUUUUCCGAAGGGAGGGGAAGCGGAGAUCGUUGAAAGAUCUUGCUGCUCAAGAACUUUGUGUUAAGAUACAACAGCAAGAGCACUGCCCGAUUGAGGAUGCCCGAGCAGCAAUGUUCAUUUACAAGAAGCACAAGAAAGGAUGGGAGAAGAAUAGGAAAGAACAAUUCAAGUUCAAAAACAAGAUCAAGAAGCGAGGCAAUAAGAAAUCUGCUGAAGCCAAUGAGGACUCAAAUGUCCCCACAGUUCUUCUAUAGAAAAUAUAGAUGUAGGGAUCUAGGGAUAAGCAAUAUCAUGCUUAAAAUGGAAUUGACGAUGCUAAAAGGUAGCAUGUGAGAAUUUUGGAUGGAACUCUGCCAACAAACUUAAGAUCAGUGUUCUAACCCAGGAGUUACUGAAGCUGAACCAUGAACUUCCAUACAAUACCUGAUGGCGAUGUUGUGAUUCCAUUUGUUGAUUCCGAUUUUUUCUCUGCAUAGCGUUUGUUUUACGGGAUGAAUUGCUUACAAGGGAAAUUUUGUGCUUGGACAUUCUUCACAUGUAAUGCAACAUUACACAA